GUGGCCCGUUCCCUCGAUAGGCGACGCCGGUAUCGAUUGCAGGGGUCGUUGGAGAUUGUGAGAGGCUGGCACAAACUUGCUUUCCACGGCUGAGACAAAAAAGCCGACUCGUGAUCGCCUCAUCCCUCCACCCCCUUCGUCGUAUAGCACAAAAGUCUCCCAAGUCACCGUCUACCCCGUGCUCCUUGGUUCCACCGCUGGAGCGAACUCUGAUCCGGAAAAGCUUACCUCGCUGUUGUUGCUCGGAAGGCGACAACGCCGUUUUCUUUUCACUCCCUCCUCCCGUGUGAAUUGCUAGGCGAAAGACCCGAUCUCUUUCUCACUCGUGCAACUGCAGAGCAAAGCAAUUCGCCGCCUCUGCACCUGCAUUCGUAGCAAUCGCAUCGCAAGCUUGUCACUCGCUCUCGAUCUACAUUCCAAUGCGCUCGACCUCCACGACUCAGUGUGCUUCGUGUUCCGAAUACGACAACCGUCAUGGCUGCUAUCGUCGCAUAUCCCGUCGCAAGGCGACACGACUGCGGAUUGCGGAGACUAAAGACCCCGCAAUCGAGGACUGGGUGGGAUGAGUGGCAGACCAACUGGACUGCAUCUGCACGUUCCGAUCUUGACUUCGGGAUUGCCUGUAUAUACUUGCAGCAGACCAUCUUGACAGUUCUGGCUGAGACUUGCAAGUCGAGCUCAAUCACAGACACUGCCGACAACGUUGUCUCACCGUUGCAGCCAACGCGCAAGUUCAAAGACUUAAAAUCACCCACAGCCCCGUCAAUCACCCCCCGAUCAACGUCGGACGAAGAUUUGAAUUGCGAUCCACGCUUUGAACACGCUUGCUCAGAAUCGCUUGCACAACGCCCGCUCUCGUUGCCCUCGGAAGCACCUGCUGGCUCUCCACAGAAAAGUUCCGGAGCAUUCAACACGUCCGAUCCAUUUCCUUCGCAAUUGCCUGACAUCGACUUCUCCUCGGUGGACGCUGUCCGUUCCCAUGCCAAGAAGAAUAAAAAGAAAGGCCAGCCUGCUGCCUUCACCUCCAACAGCAAUGAAAAGAAUGAAGAAGGCGCUGCAGAUGGAAAUGCGGACGGUGGCGCGGGCGAUGCACCAGGUGGGCAAAGUGGUGGUGGAGGUGGCACAGGUGGUGACGAUGGAAAUGGAGGCGACAGGGGCGAAGACGGGUGGGAUGAUUGGAGCGGAACUAAGAACAAGAAGAACAAGAAGAAGAAGAAACAAGACGAUGAAGAAGAAGAGGAAAAGCCGAAAGAAGAAAAGGAUGCCUGGGCGGGCGUUGGCGGCGAGGAUGAGUGGAACUCAUGGUCAACCGCGAAGAAUAAGAAGAACGAUAAAAAGGUCGACGAAGAUCCCGCAGCGAGCACGAAUGCAUGGGCAGACACUACUGGCGGGGGAGAAGACGAAGAUUGGGCUGGCUUCACUUCUGGUUCGAAAAAGAAGAAGAACAAGAAGAAGCAGGCCGAAGAACCGAGCAAACCCGCCGAAGAGAGUUUCCACGAGAUAAAAUUGGACGACGAGCUGGAUCUUGGUGCUCCGAAGAUCAGUCUUAGCUUCGAUGAACCCACUACGGCUAAGAAAGAAGAGUCUGCUGGCUCAGGUGGUUUCGGCUUUGGGGGAUGGGGUUCGAGUUGGAGUUUUGGCGGCCUUGGUGGCAAGAAGGAAGAGGACAAAGACAAGAACGGUGAGAAGAGUCCCGGUUCCGGCGGCUUCUGGAGCAAAUCUAGUCUCGGCGACUUCAACUUCGGUUUCGGUGCAAGUACUGAUGGAAAGUCGUUCGACAUAGGGGACUCAAAGAAACCAGCUGAUGAUGAGGAUGAUUUUCUCCCCGCUUGGGGUGGCGCAACCACGAAGAAGACAACCGAAAAGAAGCCGAAAUUUGGCGGAAUUGAAGAGGUUGAUGAUCCGCCUGCAGAGGCCAAGAAGGAAGAUGACACCUGGGGAGGCUGGAGCAAGAAAAAUACGAAGAAGGACGCCUCGCACGACUCUUGGUCUGGCUGGGGCAGUAGCACUGCUGCGACCUCCGGCAAAAAGGAUACCAAGAAGAAAGCGGACGCUUCAUGGGCCGACCUUAUGGAGGAAGAAGACGACACGACCGCCUUACCGACUAUGAAAGAUGACAAAAAAGCCGAUGAUUCCUGGGGCAUGUGGGGUAGCAAAGCUAAAGAGAAGAAGCCUGACGACAACGUCUGGAGCGGCUUCGAGUCAGGCUCCAAGAAAACUGACGCCAAACUCCCCGUCGAAGAAGUCAAAGAUGAGGAUCUUUCUGUUCUCAAAGGUCUCACCUGCGGGAAAGACGGCAAAAUUCUGGACACUGAUGGCAAUCCCAUCGGAGAACUCUACGAAGGUGAUGCUACUAUGAUCUCUAGGCGGCUGUACCUCUGUUCGGAAAAGGGUGAAUUCAAGGACAAGAAAUUCAAAGUCGUUGGCAAAGCUCGUCUUAUUCCAAAGGCGGAUCCUACGAAAGAAGCUACCACGAACAACAUCUCAGCAGGCACAGAUGAUGCGGAUGCUCCGCCGCUGUCAGCUCUCGAAGGGCUGUGCUGUGAUCGCGAUGGGACCAUCAAGGACUUUAGCGGUAAACUCGUCGGUCAAGUCAUCGAGGGCGAUGCUGCGGAAUUCUGUUCUAAGAUGUACUUUUGUGAUGGCAAUGGCAAUAUUCUCGACUAUAAGAACAAGUCGGUGGGAAAAUGUAGAACCGUUGGAUCGCAAAAGUCAAACAAUGAGACUCAAGACAGUGGCAUAUGGAGCUGGGGGAUGGCUUCGAAAUCUUCCAAGGUUCCCCCCCCUCCUAAAGGCUCCGCCAAAGCAGUCAAGAAAGACGACGAGAAAAAUGACGACGCUUGGGGAUCCUGGAGCUCGAAAGACAAGGAGAAGGAAGAGGAGAAGCCUGCAGGGUCAACUGACUCUGAGUUGCCCCCAUUGUCUGUUCUUGAAGAUAAGACUGUCGACGCGGACGGCAAAGUCUACGACGAUGACAACGUGGCGAUCGGAGAAUGCAUAGAAGGAGAAGUCGCGUUGAUUGCACGUCGCAAGUACAAAAUCAAUGACAAAGGCGAAGUCGUGAGUCGGCUUGGCAAAGUUAUAGGUAAAUGUGUCACGCUGCCCGUGGAGAAGAAGAAGGAGGAGGAGGAAGAAGAGCAUGCAACAGAAGCGCCGGCCGCGGACGUGCCUUCCCCGGAGGAGGUCAAGGAAGACACUGCUACCAUAGAGCCACCGCCAUUGUCCAUUUUGAAGGGCAGGACCAUCGAGUCCGAUGGCACUAUCCUCAGCCCAGACGGAGAUGUUAUUGGCGAAGUCACUGAAGGAGAUCCUGAGCGAUUUGUCUCUAUUGCCGCCAAGUGCGAUGACAAAGGCAACAUCCUCAAUUCUAAAAAAAAGGCCGUUGGUAAAUGCAGAACUCUAGCUCCGCAGCCCGUCCCGGCAGCUGAGUUGCCAUCGGAAGGACCUGCUGAGGAAACAUCUCCUCCAGAGGAUGAUGCCAAACCCCAUGCUACCCUUGUGGAUUUGAUGGGUCGCAAGAUUGAGACCAACGGGGAUGUUUUAGAUGAUAAUCUCAACGUCAUUGCCAAGGUUGUUGAUGGCAACGCGAAACAGAUGGCUAAAAAGGGAGCGAUAUGCGAUGCUGAGGGGAACGUCGUACUUGGUAAAAAAACCCUUGGCAAAGUUGAGCUCUUGGCUCCUCAGAUUUCUGAAGAACCUGCUGAGACUGCUGAGCCGGCUGAGACAACGGAGCCGGAGCACCCAGCCCAGGACGAGACGCCUGCUGAAGAAAAGAGUGAGACAACAAAUCUGCCUACUCUCGCAUCACUUGAAGGACGCUUUGUGGAGACUAACGGUGAUGUCCUUGACGAUAAUGGAAACGUCAUCGCUCGCGUUGUGGAUGGGAAACCCAAACUAAUGGCCAAGAAGAAAGCCACUUGUGAUGCAAACGGCAACGUAGUCUUUGGUUUCACAACCAUGGGUACCGUUCAGCUAGUUCUGCCUGAAAAGACGGAGGAGGGCGGGUUGGCAGAAGCAGCAGCAGAACCAGAAAACGAAGCCUCUCCUCCGCAGCCGCAACCAGCUCAGGAAGAAGAGCAGCCAACCUUAGCUAUUCUUGAAGGCAGGCACAUUGAGAAGAACGGCGACAUUCUGGGCGACGACGGCCAAGUCAUUGGCCGCUUGGUCUCUGGAAACGCGCUGAAGCUGCAUAAAGGCAGCGCCAAAUGUGAUGCUGAGGGUAAUGUAAUCAUGAAAAACAAGGUCCAGAAGGAUGCGGCCGUAACGCUUGUUCUUCCUGAGAAACCAGAAGCAGUCGAACCUCCUGUGACUGAAGAAGCUCCAGAGCCCGAGCCGCCAGCAGAGGAACCCAAUCCAAUGGCCAAACUUAAUGGCUUGAAAAUUGAAAGGAAUGGUGAUAUUUUUGAUGCGGAUGGUCACCUUGUUGCGCUUUUGGUUAGCGGUAGUGCAUCGAAGUUAUUCAAAGCUGGUGCUACUUGUGAUGCAGAGGGUAAAGUUUGGUCAAAGGGUAAAGAGGUCAAGGAUGCUAAAGUAGAGCUUGUUGAGGUCAAGAAAGAGGAUCAAGAUCCAGCAGGUGAAGAGCCUCCACCUACAGACAAUGCUCAAGUCGAAGAACAUCCGAUAGAAGAGCCUCCAGUCCAGGAGGUGUCGCCAUACGCGAGGCUUGAUGGCCGGAAGAUGGAGAGGAACGGCGACAUUCUCGAUGAUGAUGGCAAUGUUCUCGCAACUGUAACCAGCAGCGGUCUUUCAAAACUGUAUAAGUCUGGAGCCACCUGCGAUGCGAACGGCAAGAUUUGGGCGAAGGGCAGAGAGGUGAAAGACGCUACACUGAAGCUAGUUGAAUCGGAAAAGCAGGAUGAACCUGCCGCUGAAGAAACCAAGCAUGAAGAGGUUGCCCCGGAAGAGCCUGCAGCCGAAGAGCCUACACCGGAAGAGCCUGCAGCCAUGGAAUCAGCAAAGCCGACUUUCAGUAGUGUCGCGGGUAAGAUGCUAGACAAAUUCGGCGAGAUAUACGAUGACAACAACGUUCUUGUUGCUCGACUUGUCGAAGGGAGCGCGGGAACUUUAUUCAAGAAAGGGGCUUGCUGUGACGCCGACGGCAAUGUCAUAGUCAAUGGUAAAAAGCAAAAGAACGCGAGACUCGAGCUUGUUGUUUUUGAAGAUACAAUACCUGAGCCACCCGCUGAGCCAACGGAAGAAAUCGCGGAUGAGAUCGCUUCACCUGAACAUGAAAAGGCGGCUGAACCUGAAGAACGAACACUAGCCAGCCUGGAAGGGCUUGCCAUUGAUAUUUCUGGAGACAUCUUCGACAAUUACGGUAACCUGGUUGGGAAGCUUGUUGAAGGUUCCGCCACCAAGCUCUACACCAAGUUUGCUGUCUGCACCGCUGAUGGAAAGGUCAUGGCCGGCGGCAAGGUGGUUAAGAAUGCUCGUGUUGAAGUUAUUCAAUCCGAGAAGCCAGCUGAUCCUACACCUGAAACAGGAGCUGAAGAGAAGUUGGAGCCAGCGCCAGAGCCUGAAGCCUCACCUGAGGCUGUGCCUGAGGCACCUUCAAUGGCAAUCUUAGAGGGAAGAUUCAUCGAGCCAUCCGGCGAUAUCUUGGACAAUAAUAUGAAUGUGAUUGCGAGACUUGUCGAGGGAGAUGCGAAGAAGCUUGCAAGACAAGCAGCUACAUGCGACGCUCAAGGCCAAGUCUGGGCAAAGAAAAAACUUGUUCCAGGCGCAAGAGUAGAACUCGUCGAGCAAGAAAAACCGGCUGAGCCAGACAAACCGGCUGAGCCAGACAAACCGGUUGAGCCAGAGGUCGACGAAGCUGUGUCAGCUUCACCCCAGACAGCUGAAGCAAAAGAGAUCACUCUAGCCGAUCUCGAUGGGCGUGGCUUCGAUGGAGAAGGAAAUGUGCUUGAUGAUUCUGGCGUGAUCAUAGGCAAGCUCGCUGGUGAAACUAAAAAGCUUAAGGCAAUUCUCAGCGCAAAUGCUACGUGUGACGCGAAGGGUAAUGUUUGGGCCAAGGGGAAGAAGGUGCCCAAAGUCAACGUCGAGGUGGUUCAGCCCAAGCCUCCCGCGACACCAGCAGCACCAGCGGCAGAAGACCCUGUCAAAGCAGAAGCGGAGCCAGAAGCGGAGCCAGUAGUCGAGCCGGAAGCCAAGCCAGAAGCCAGCUCCGAAUUACCUACUCUAGCAUCGCUCGACGGCCGUUUAAUUCAGGAUAACGGCGACAUAUUAGACGACAACGGUCAAGUGAUCGGAAAACUUGUUGAUGGUGUCGAUAAGUUGAAGCUUAUUGUUAAAAACAAGGGCAAGUGUGAUGCUGAGGGCAAAGUCUGGGCAAAAGACAAGAUUGUCCCUCGAGCAAGAGUUGAAGUUGUCAUUCCGGAGAAACCUACCGCAGAAGAAAAAGACCCGGCCAGAGAUUUGAUUGAUUCGAUUGACAAUCCUGACGACGCUUGGGGUGACCCAUGGGCUGAUUCGCUGAGCAAAAAAGACAGCAAGAAGAAGCGUGACUCCGUCGCGGAGUCGAAUGCGGACGAAAAAGCGCUCACUCGUGUUAACACAAAGUCAUCUAAGGCCUCCAGGGAAGACGACUGGGAUGACUGGACUGGGAGCUCUAAAAAGGAAAAGAAGAAGAAGAUUGAUCCACAGGUGAUGGAAGCCGAAGGCAUUGAUGAGCCUGAUGCGGACAAAAAGGACGAAACUCUCGGGUUCGCGUUCACGAACAAGCGAGAUAAGAAGACAGCGAAGAAGAAGGGCCUUGUAGAAGCCGUCGACGACUUCAGCACGCCAUUGCAGAAAGCUGAAGCAGUUGAAGAGCAGAAGUCAUCACAGGAGGAUUCUGAUUGGGCCUUUGCUUCUAACAGAGUCAAGGCGAAGAAGGCUGCCGAAAAGGCUGGCAAACGAGCGGCUACAAAGGCAAUUGAAGAUGUCGCACGAGCGCCUUCUCCCCCAGAAGAACAACCUGAAGCCGUGGAAGCCCUUCCAGAAGGGGCAGGGGUUGAUGACGACGAGCUUGCUCCAGAUGACUCGGCCUCCAUAUAUAAAGAGCCUAUCGCUAAGCUUGACAAAAAGAAGGAAGAGAAGCCUAAAGCAAGCAGCAUGUGGGGGGGCAUCUUUGGUCGUGCUUCGUCUUCCAAAACUCCCACCUUGUCUCAACUUCGCAAAGAGCGUGAGGAGCGCGAAAAGAAAGACAAGGAAGAGAGAGAAAGCAAGGAGCAACAAGAUCGUGAGGAACAGGAACGCCUUGAACGCGAGCGUGUUGAAGCCGAGCAAGCCGAGAAGGAGCGUCUGGAAAAUGAAGAACGUGAGAAGGCGCUUGAGGAAGCACAAGAGGCGGAGAAGAGCCGCAAGUUGAGUAAAAAGGGGAAGAAGACGGCGGGAAAAGUUAAGACGGAAGAACCUCUUCCGCCUCCGCCACCGCCUCCGCCAGUUCAGAUCGAAGAGGCGAUGGCCGAACUGGAUGAGUCAACGGAUCCGUUCGCUGUCUGGGGUGUGAAGCGCAAGGCUGUCAAAGCGACCAAUGAAAAGUCGUCGCUUGAGUCAAACGCCAAGAAGGCCCUAGAAGCAGCCGGAGACGAAGUCCUGCCUGUUGUCAAUACGAAGUCGUCUGCGGCGACGUCCUCGUCAAAGACGGCUAUAAAGUCGUCGUCAAAGCUAAAGACUGGUUCUGUUGCGGAGAGAAUCAAGGCGCUUCAGGGUGAGACAAAGUUAAAGGACGAAGAUGCACUAGCGCCACCUGUUCCGCCGCCACCUCCAACUGUUCCGCAGGAGGAAGCUAUAGACCCGGUCCCAGAAACUUCUUCCAAAAAAUCCAAGAAAGUUUCAUCUUCCAGCAAAUCCGCUAAGACUGUAACCAAGAAAGAACCGGAACCAGAACCGGAACCAGUGCCUGAGCCAGUUCCUGAGCCAGUUACGAAAAGAGCGCCAGGUGGAUUCCCGGACUCGGACGACGAUUUAUUGAUUGAUCUUGACGAAACGAAACCUCCCACACCACCGCCAGAACCCGAGAUGGGUGCCCGAGCUGUUCCAAAAUCCUCCAAGAAGGUGAGCUCUAAGGGCACUUCCAGGUCAUCCAAAUCUGCUACCAAAUCCUCAAAAUCGAAACCUGUUCAGAAGGUGAACUCCGAUUCCGAGACACAAGCAGAGCCCGAGGAGAAUGACAAGGCGGUUACGCAAGGUUCAGGUAGCACCACUGCCGUCGAUGAUCAACAGCCGAUUGACGGCAAGCUUCCAACGCCACCACCUGAGCCCGAGAAGCGUAAGGCAGCGUCGCCGACAGCACGAAAGGAGCGACCAAAAGUCGUACGGGGCUCAACCGGCUCAGCAUGGGGCUUCUGGGCAACGGCUACACCAAAGGACGCUCGACAAAAGGCCAAAGAUGGCACCUCAGCAUCCCACAAGAGCACGUCUUCACCGAUGAUGGUUCGGCCACGAACAGCACGCAGGUCUACUGCCGCUGAUCCUGAAAAGUCGGAAACCGAAAGGAAUGUGCCAUCCAAGCCUACCCCUAAACGGGCCUCGACGUUCUCUAUCUUUGGCCCUGCUCCACCCCGUCGCCAUUCUACACGAACGACAAAGUCAUCUUCGAGGCCGUCGUCAAGGCCACAUUCCGUGUCACGACGCGCAUCACCAGAGCUGACAGGUGUCAACAACGAUGACGAAAACGAUGAGAUUCCACGAGUUUCUUCGAAAGCCGCGAAAUUGAUGGGAAUGAACCCCAGCGGUGGCGCAUCCGCCAGCCGACAUGCAUCUGCCAAAUCAAAGGGUAAGACUCAUUGGACUAUGCCACAUGUGGCUAGACCACCCCCAUCCCCGCAAGAUCUAAAAGUUGACACGCAGCAACGAACAGGACCUAGAGAUCCCUAUGAUCUCGGCAGCGAUGACGAUGAGGUGAUGCACGAUAACGGAGUUGACAUCUAUGCCGUUGACGCGCCUGCCGCUCCUGCAGGUCAUCGAAGGUCGAAACGACGCAGCGCAGCUGAUGUUUCAGCCUCGGCGAAAGAUGAUGAGCCAGCAGCAAAUGCGGAGCACAGCCUUGAUGGCGCACGUGCCUUGGGGGCUGAUCGUCCAGACCAGCCUCCCACUUCACGGAGACAAUCGCCAACAAACAGGCAUUCAGUAUCGCGAUCAGUACCUCGAAAACCAGAAGUUGGCGGCAUAAUGGGUCUUUUCGGCUUGCGACGUAGUAAUACCACCAAGGACACCCCAAGAAACUCGGAUCCCAGCUUCGUCGGCGGCAGAUCAAAGAGGGAUGGAUACGAGACUGACGCAGGCUACCGCCGUUCGAGCAAACGAUCUGCCGAUGAUCACGACGACGAGAACGCACGUCGCAUUCGUAGAGAGAGGCGCAAAUCGCGAAGAGAAGCCGACGAAGGCUUCACUACGGACGCCCCCGGCGUCCAAACAGACUACGAAGAAGCUGAACGACGUCGUGCUGAGCGUCGUGCUGCUCGUCGCGCAGAAAGAGAACGCCUUGCGGACGAAGCUCGUGUCUCUGAAGAACGAGAGGCUCGACGACGUGAGCGGGAUGCCGCAAAAGAGGCUCGAAGAGCAGCACGCCGUGAGCGUGAAGAGGCACGCAUCCAAGAAGAAGUCGAGAAGCGGCGUCGUGCUGAGAAAGAAGAGCGUCGCGCAGCUCGUAAAGCAAUGAAUGAACGCCUCGAGCAGAGUCGGGCUGAGGAAGAAGCAAGGGCUGCAAGGGAGGAGAGAAGGGCUCGUCGUCGUGCAGAGCGCGAGAAGGAACGAGAGAUGAGAGACACAGAUGUUGAUCGCCCACGUGGAGAAAGACGCAGGUCUUCUUACAAAGAUGGUGCUGAAGACGUAAGGCGCUCUUCCCGGCGUGAAUCGCGCCGGUUGUCAAAGAUCUCUCCCAUAGAAGAUUAUUUUGAUUCGCGAAACGGAGAUUACCAUGCCACAACCCCUUACCUCGGUUCUGGUGGCGAUAAGACUUCAUCGUGGGUAGACAGUGUCAAUAGGGAGCCACCAGCUCCUUUGGCUCCGGAGGACACUGCCACCGUGAUUGAACCUCCUCCAGAGGCGGACGAAGCUGAGCAUGGUGUUGAAACCGAAGAAGAGGUGCGUCGCCGCAUGCAUGGACGCCGCGAGAAGCGCCGCGAUCGAGACUCCUCUUACCGAGACUCUGGAGAACUUCGUGAGGAUCGUGAUCGCGAGGAACGUCGUCGUGAGCGCAAGCGCCGUGAUCGAGCCGAGCAUCGCGAGAGGACAUCAGAUCCUGGAAAUGAUAAAGAGAGGCGACGUAGAAGCACCUACUAUCCAGAUCCUAACAACCAACCAUACCCGGAGUAUGACGUCCUUGAGCGGCCGCAAGCUCCCAAACGCCAGAGCUGGCUGAAGAAGCUUCCUAUCAACAGUCUGUUCUAGAAACUCGUUUGGCUUUUAAAAAAAAGAAGGAAAUAUUUUUGGAGUAUGUUGACUGAGGAAUAUGAACUGGAGUGUGCACAAAGGCUCUCGCGCUUUUAGCUGCUAAUCACUUGAGCGAUCGCUGACGAGAGCGUUCUUUGUUUUGGACUUGGAAGAGAUACCCCUGCUGUUGACGAUUAUUGCAUAUCGGAUGAACCGGUUCGGGUCCGUGUCAGCGUGUCUAUUGCAUGUGUGGGAGUAAAUGUGGGAGUAGCAUGUAGUCUAUCACUUUUCCGUGUAACUUGGGCAUGUCAGAGCAUGCAAAAGUAUACGAACAAAGAUACCCCCCUUCCUUUUUACAUUUUCGGUAGCACAUCGCUCCACCUAGUAUAAUUUAGUGUUUCAUUAC